CUCAAUUACUGGACUUGUCAACUCUGCCAAUUUAUGUGUUCAUUUCUCUUCCACUAUGAGCAGACCGGUUGGAUUGCACAUUUGUCUGGCUUUCUGUAGCCUUCUACUUCUCCACUUUGCCACACAAUGUCUGGCCUUCCCAAAAAUGGAAAAGAUGGAAAUAGCACAUGUUCAUGCAGAAAAAGGGCAGUCCGAGAAGUUUAUCACAGAUGACCUUGAAAAUAGCUCUAUCUCCUCAAAGCAGACUCCCCAACUGGUGAUCUCCGAAGAUCCAGAGAUAGUGUCAGCAGGACCAUCAGCAACAUCGUUCAAUAAAGUUUUCUCAGUGAACAAAGAAGCACGUCCUACAGGAGCUGAGUACAUGCAGCCUGUUAGUCACAGUGUUAAUACUGCCACUGAACCAGCCAUCCCAACUGGUGAAGAGGUGUUUGGUUCCAGUCAGCCAGAAGGAAUGUCUCCUGAAAGCAGACUUUUCAAGACCACGUUAACCAUUGCUAUUACUGCAACUGCUUCUCUGAAUAUUGGUGAAAAGGAGGAAGCUUUUAGGAGUACUAGUUCUCAGUCCAUUUUAGAAGAGACCACAGAAGCAACACAGGGUUUUCUGAAGUAUGUGGAUGAUCAGUUAUUUGCAACUGAAAGUCAGGAAGGAGCUAGUUUGGGGCAUUCACUUUCAUCCUAUGUGAACACUAAAGAAAUGCUAACCACCAGUCUGAGGACUGAGAAAUUUGGAGCAGACAUAGACCAUAGGACAACUUAUCUUCCUAGUGCUGAGCCCACAGCAGGAACUGAGCAUGGAAAAAUCACACCUGAUAGGGAGAAGCCUUCACAGAUGACAACUGGCAAAACCCAGGCUAGUGCCAUUAAGCAAUCACUCGCAACUUCCGAGUACACCCUGCAUGUUGAAUCAGAAACGGACAGUCUGCUGGGAGUCCCAGAAGUCACAGUGAGUGUCAGCACAGCUGUUCCAGCUGCCUCUGUCUUCAGUGAUGAAUGGGAUGACACCAAAUUAGAGAAUGUAGGCCAGAUAAGGACCGCAAAGUUUGGAGACAAUGAAGAGACUCAGGAGAGAAUGGAGACGUCUCAGACAGCACAAGUGAGUCAUGAGGUUAUGGGAGGGGGCCAGCCUUGGACAGAGGCUUCAGAGGUGGCUCUGGGACUGCCUGAAGGGGAAACACACACAAAGACAGCCUUGCUAAUGGUCCAUGGGCAAGAGAGAUCACCUGCCUUCUCUGACCAAAGUUCUUUCACCCCCACAAGCCUGAUGGAAGAUAUCCAAGUUUCUGUUGUGAACCUGCUCCAAACUACGGAAGACUUCUUGGAAUCCACCAAGGAAAACGAUGCUAUGAUUUUCUUAGAGACCACUGUUUCUGUCUCAGAAUAUGAGUCUGAGGCGUAUCAACUGUUGGGAAAUACAAUGAAAGACAUCAUCACUCAAGAGAUGACAACAGCUAUUCAAGAACCAGAAGCCACUUUAUCCUUGGAGACACAGGAACAGGUUUCUACACUUGAGGUUACCAGAGACAGUGGCAAGGUGGAGGAAGACAAGGAGACCUCCUCUCCUGUGUCUGAUGUUCCUGGAGGUACUCAGCUGUCAAGAAGAUGGGAACCUCUGGCCACUGCAGUUUCAACUACAGCCUUCCCUUUGUCUCCUGAAGUUACUCCUGCUGUGGAAGAACAUGUGGACACAGUCACAGGGUCAGAUGAGGAGUUCACCCCAGUUCUGGGAUCUCCGGUAACACCGCCUGGAAUAAUGGUGGAGGCCCCCAGCAUUUCCCCAGUGCUUCCUUCUUCUGAGGCAUCCUCUGAGACAACAGUCAUUCCAUCCACUAGCCGUGUUAAUACAGUUGCCUCCUAUGGCCUGGACCAACUCGAAUCUGAAGAGGGAGAAGAAGAUGAGGAUGAAGAGGAUGAAGAAGAUGAAGAUGAAGAAGAAGAAGAUGAGGAAGAAGAUGAGGAAGAUAAAGAUGCUGACUCCCUAGAUGAGGGCUUGGAUGGUGACACUGAGCUGCCAGGGUUUACUCUCCCUGGCGUCACAUCCCAGGAACCUGGCGUAGGGCAGGGCAACCUGGGCUUGCUGGAGGGAGCCACCUACCAAGUGCCAGAUGCCAUCGAGUGGGAGCAGCAGAAUCAAGGCCUGG